GCUCCGCCCCCUGGCUGAACCGCACCUGCGCCAGGGAAGGAGCCGGCGCGCUUCAAGAUGUAUCGUCUGACCUCAUUGAUGCUGCCGCGGGCCUGGGCCCAGGCCAUGCACACAGGACAUCUCAGUGGCCGAAGCCUCCAUAGCAGUGCAGUGGCAGCAACCUACAAGUAUGUGAAUGUACAGGAGUUUGAGAUGGACAUGAAGUCCGCGACUGACCAUGCAGCUCGGACUCUGAUGUGGACAGAACUAUUCCGAGGACUGGGCAUGACCCUGAGCUACCUCUUUCGGGAGCCUGCCACCAUCAACUACCCAUUUGAGAAGGGACCACUGAGUCCACGCUUCCGUGGAGAACAUGCAUUGCGCCGCUACCCAUCUGGGGAAGAACGCUGCAUCGCCUGCAAACUCUGUGAGGCUGUCUGUCCUGCACAGGCCAUCACCAUUGAAGCUGAGCCAAGAGCCGAUGGCAGCCGCCGGACUACACGCUAUGACAUCGACAUGACCAAGUGUAUCUACUGCGGUUUCUGCCAGGAGGCUUGCCCUGUUGAUGCCAUUGUGGAAGGCCCCAACUUUGAGUUCUCCACCGAGACACAUGAGGAGUUGCUGUACAACAAGGAGAAGCUGCUCAACAAUGGGGACAAAUGGGAGGCUGAGAUCUCUGCCAACAUUCAAGCUGACUACCUGUACCGGUGACCCGGCCACUUGGCCCAGUCCUGAGGCCCCUGCUGCCCAUAAAGAAGCUAUU